CUCACUGCGUCCGGGUCACCUCCUGCCGCUUCCACAGCUGCAGCCGGGCAGCUGGGCUCGGGUCUCUACUGCUGACCGAGGGGAGCGGGCUCCGCUCGGCGCCGCCUUCUGCGACCUGGCAGUCAGCCCCACGUCGCCGGUCUGGAGGGGCGAAGAGGACGAGGGGGCCAAGGCUUCCUCCGGGCUGUUUGGUGAUAAAGUGCUUCCAAGAACAGUACUCUGAAUUGUUGAAAUUGUUUUUAUCUACCUAGUGUACUGUUCCUAAAGUUUUUGUUGAAAAGGACAUUGGCUCUCUGGAUUAUCAGGAAUCAGUAGUUGACAUUGAAUCCAGGCUGAGAAUGGAAGGUGUAGAACUGAAAGAAGAAUGGCAAGAUGAAGAUUUUCCAAUACCUUUACCAGAAGAUGAUAGUGUUGAAGCAGAUAUUCUAGAUGUACCUGGACCAGAGAACCAGCCUGGCUUACUAGAAGUUAAUGGAAAUAAAGUAAGAAAGAAACUAAUGGCUCCAGAGAUUAGCUUGACACUGGAUCCUAGUGAUGGCUCUUUGUUGUCAGAUGAUUUGGAUGAAAGUGGGGAGAUUGACUUGGAUGGUUUAGACACACCAUCAGAGAACAGUAAUGAGUUUGAAUGGGAAGAUGAUCUUCCAAAACCCAAAACUACAGAAGUAAUUAGGAAAGGCUCAAUCACUGAAUAUUCAGCAACAGAAGAAAAAGAAGAUGGACGACGCUGGCGUAUGUUCAGGAUUGGUGAACAGGACCACAGGGUUGAUAUGAAGGCAAUUGAACCCUAUAAAAAAGUUAUCAGCCAUGGAGGAUAUUAUGGGGAUGGAUUAAAUGCCAUUGUUGUGUUUGCUGUCUGUUUUAUGCCUGAAAGUGGUCAACCUAACUAUAGAUACCUGAUGGACAAUCUCUUUAAGUAUGUUAUUGGCACUUUGGAGCUAUUAGUAGCAGAAAACUACAUGAUAGUUUAUUUAAAUGGUGCAACAACUCGAAGAAAAAUGCCCAGUCUGGGAUGGCUCAGAAAAUGUUAUCAGCAAAUUGAUAGGAGGUUACGGAAAAACCUAAAAUCCCUAAUCAUUGUGCAUCCUUCUUGGUUUAUCAGAACACUCCUGGCUGUUACAAGACCAUUUAUUAGCUCAAAAUUCAGCCAAAAAAUUAGAUACGUCUUUAAUUUGGCAGAACUAGCGGAACUUGUUCCCAUGGAAUAUGUUGGCAUACCAGAAUGCAUAAAACAGUAUGAAGAAGAAAAGUUUAAAAAGAAACAAAAAAGAGUUGAUCAGGAGCUUAAUGGAAAACAAGAUGAACCAAAAAGUGAACAUCCUAAACUUGGCAUGCUGACUUAAGUCCAGUUAUGGGAGAUGCUGGAGGAUUCCUUGGAUGAAGCAUUCUUCAGCAGCCUUUUGACUUGGAUCCAGCAGCUCUAGGCAAUCCUGUACUAAUGUCAUUACAAUGAGUUAAGCCAAAACCAUUAUUCUUGCUGAAAUCUUAGACACACUUUGCGUUGAAGAAAUAAACUAACCGUAACUACUCAGGCAUUCCUUCAGAAUGUACCAUAUGGGGAUUAUGAAUAAAGAUGUUGGAUUUAAUUGUGGUUAGAUAAUAUUUGUAGAUGAUUUCAAGUAGUCUUUCAUCAGUAUGUCUUUAUCUUCUCAAAAUGGACUGAGCUUUUUAAUAGAUGGUUUUGCACCACAUUAAGUAUUUGGCUCUUCGGUUUCAAAAAUUACAAAGAAUAAUAUUUAUUCAAUUCUUUUCUUGUGUUUAUUAAAUUUUGUUUUUGCAGAAGUUAUUCCUAAAUAUAUAUUGUUGCAAAAUGGUCUUUUUAAUUUUUUUAAAAAACAGAAAUAGCCUGUAUUCUGUCAGAACAUUAAAUUUCAGAGGGAACCAUGA